AUGCAGACCAAACACGAUAUCAAAACCAUGAGAGCCGCCCAAGGAGUGGACUAUGGUGAUGUUGACAAGGUAAUGACCGUGGAAGAUGGCGUCCCAUACUGGUCGCUCAAAGAUCUUCCCAAGAAGAAGCGCAAGGGCUUCAUGAUUGUCAAGACACAUGCUGUAGCAUUGGCGUGCGGUGACUGCCGUGUCCUUUCUGGCUUGACGCGAGAACUACAAGGGCCGCCUUCUUUCCCAUACGUUCCUUGUGGUGACUGCAGUGGUGUCGUCGUAGAAAUUCCCUCGGAGGAAGACAACAAGGAUUUCCCGUUCAAGGUUGGCGAUCGCGUCACUGCAUUUUUUCAUGAAUAUCCUCGGAAUGCACUUGCCGAAUAUGCACUGGUACAUAUGGACGUUUGUGAGAUUAUUCCCGAGAGCGUGUCUUCCGUCGAUGCUGCUGCAUUGGCCUCGGCAUCUCCGGCGGUGCUGUUGGCCGAUCGGAUUCAAGCAGGAGAACGAGUAUUGGUCCUUGGCGCUGGAGGCGGUGUUGGAUCCCACCUCGUGCAACUCAUGCGCAAGCGUGGAGCGUCUUUUAUUGCGGGUGUGUCUCGAGCGCCCAAACGACUCUUAGAACCACCCUUGUCGUAUGAUCGUGCCGUUGACUAUACCAAAGAAGAUGUCUUUGCCAUGGACGAAUUCAAAGAUAAUCAAUUUGAUGUCAUUCUGGAUCUGGCAUCAGGUGGCUGGACGAGCCUGCAAAAAGACUACAGUAGUGGUAUCAAGAAAUCCAUUAUCAAACCUGGCUCCAUGGGUGGUCGAUAUUUGACAAUCACUCCGGACAAUGCCAUUUUUGAAUUGCAUUCCAUCCCCGCAGCUUUGAAAUUGUUCAUGCUCAUUCCCCUGUGGAGAUAUACGAAAUCUAGACUCUGGGGACGAUCGCGGCUUCCCAAAUAUUCCUUUGCCAUAUCGAUGCCAGAUAAGCGAGAAGUCAUGACUAGAACUAUGCAACUUGCAGAAGAAGGAUCCCUUAAGGCUGUAAUUGAUCCGAAAGGUCCAUUUCCUUUCACGACGGAAGGAGUACGAAAUGCCUUUAAACUACAAGAGAGCCGCCAUAUCCAAGGAAAAGUAAUUGUGGAAACUGCCAAAAACUAA